UGGUACAACAAGUCACAUGCUCUCUCAAUAAUUAAAGAACUGCUUUCCACGGUCAAAAGCAGCAGCCCUUCCUGCUGGAGAGGAAAAACAGCUCAACGUGUGACUGACUCAAAUCCCAUAUUAAAGUACAUUGACGCACACACUGCUGCCUGAACAUGUAUGGGACGAUGCCUUUUUUCAUCAUUGUGCUGCCCUCUACAGGUCCAUCCUCUUCAUUUUGUUCUCCACCUCCUCCUCUUCCUGUCCUCCUCUACCCACCUCCUUCACAUUACCAUACCCCCUUAAAGACUAUUGCACGCAUUAAAUCCCUUUUCAUUUCCGCGCAGUGACUGUCAUGAGAUUGGGAGGAAUUUAUGUGUUUUUUUUUUCUUCCUGAGUGAUUUCUGGUGCCGUGUUAUGAUAAUUGUGUCAUAACGCGGCCAUCGCUGUAGGGGAUGCACCAACCCAAGAUCAAGUUCCACUAGUUGAAAGGUUGGUUUAUAGAUCAAGCUGACGUACGUGUACACGGGAUAUUUUAUGACCUGUGCGGGACUAGAUCGGACUCUUGCGCCGCUGGAUGUGAACGCUGAAGAAGCUUUCAUCCACCUUCCCCAGGUUGGUGUGAACUGUCCGGCAGCUGAAAUCCAAAAGAUCUAUACAUACAUCACCGGUGGUAGCAGCAGAUGCAGACACGGGAAUUUUUUUUUUUUCCCCGUGCUCCAAUCUCUCCGUUCCGCUCCACCAGUGCGCAUGUAUGGCAGUCAGUUAAAAUGUAUGCGGCAAGUCUCGCCUGAUGUGGGAAUAUAGCGCGUCUUCAUUCGCCCCCUCUUCUUCUGCUUGACCAUGUUCGAACUUUGGUUCUGGCUCCUUUUUCGAGAUGACAUUGCUCGUUUUAGUCGCCGCUGGAGGAGCGCAGGAUCAGCCCGUUUGGCCGCGCUCAUUGUCGUGUUUUUGGCGUGAAUGAAAGACUGUGCGCUCUUGGAUGCCUGGUUUAUGGAGACAAACACCCAGGAGAGCUGACUUUGGAGGAUUCUUUUUAAUCAAAUUUUUGUUGAACAAAUGAGUGGGAAGGGCGGCUGGUGAAAAAUUUAAUUUUCACCGAUGCUGGUGGAAGAAAAGAGACACCGCUACGUGACUUUGGGGAUGCUUUGGCGUUCAUCCGGAUCAGUACGAUGACUCCUCAUUUUGGUACCAUACUUGACUGAGCUGGGGCGACCUCACCCAGGAAAAAUGCAUAUCUGGAUCCUAAGUCUAAUCCUUCUGAUUGCAUCAUCUCUGAGGCUGGUUGAGAUGUAUGACAAUUAUGGAGAGAUCUGUCGAAGUCUUUGCACAUGUGAGGAGAAGGAAGGGAUCCUGACAGUGAGCUGUGAGAACCGAGGGAUCAUCAGACUUACGGAGAUCAGCCCCGUCCAUUUCUCCAUGUAUCACCUCCUGCUGACAGGGAAUCUCUUGAAGAAGCUGUCAGUCAAUGAUUUCAUCAAUUACACCGGGGUCACCAUCUUGCACCUGGGGAACAAUGAUAUCGCUGAGAUAGAAUCAGGGGCCUUCAAUGGGCUACAGGGAUUAAAAAGAUUGCACCUAAAUAACAACAAAAUUGAUUUGCUCAGAGAUGACACAUUUACUGGACUGGAGAGCUUGGAAUACCUACAAAUUGAUUAUAAUUACAUUACUAAUAUUGAACCCAACACCUUGAGCAAACUCCACCAUCUCACAGUGAUGAUUUUAAAUGACAACCUGCUCUCGUCCCUGCCUUCGAAUAUCUUUCGGAAUGUUCCACUCACGCACCUGGACUUGAGAGGGAACCGCUUGAAAAUGUUCCCCUAUGUUGGCCUCCUAGAGCACAUGGACAAAGUUGUGGAAUUACAGCUGGAGGAGAACCCGUGGAACUGCUCUUGCGAGCUUAUUGCUUUAAAGGCCUGGCUAGAGAGUAUAGCAUACACAGCUCUGGUCGGAGAAGUUGUGUGUGAGACACCGUUCCGGCUCCAUGGCAGGGACCUGGAUGAGGUUUCCAAGCAGGAACUUUGCCCAAGAAGACCCCUGGAUGACUCCGUUAGGCCCGCACCACCCAGCAGCACCAGUGGAUAUCCCCACACCACCCCUGCUGCUGUCACUGCAUCUGGCACCUCCUCUGCUGUUUUCCGCUCCUCGUCUAGGCCUACCAAGGGUACAAGGCAUUUUAACAGAACCAGGUUAAAGCCCACCUCCAGAAUACCAGGUGGUAAUCCUUACAACUAUGGCCCCAUUAUUGCUUUUCAGACAAAAUCUCCUGUGCCUUUGGACUGCCCCACUACCUGCACAUGCAACCUGCAGAUAUCUGAGAUAGGGCUUAAUGUCAACUGCCAAGAGAGAAAGAUUGAAAGCAUUUCUGACCUUAAACCCAAGCCAUACAAUCCUAAGAAAAUGUAUCUCACUGGAAAUUACAUCCCAGUGGUACGCAGAUCAGAUUUUGUCGACGCUACAGGAUUGGAUUUACUUCACCUGGGAAACAACAGGAUAACAGUGAUACACGACAGAGCUUUUGGGGAUUUAACCAAUCUGCGUAGGCUGUAUUUGAAUGGUAAUCUCAUGGACAGGCUUACAGGAGAGAUGUUUUUUGGUUUGCAGAACUUGCAAUAUCUUUAUUUAGAGUACAAUAAAAUUAAAGAAAUUGAUGAGGGCGCUUUCCGUUAUCUCCCUAAUCUCCAGCUGCUUUUUCUCAACAAUAACCUCUUAAAAACCCUACCUUCAGGCAUCUUUUCUAGUCUUUCCUUGUCCAGACUUAACCUACGCAACAAUAAUUUCAAAAACCUGCCUGUGAGUGGUGUAUUAGAUCAGCUGAAACUGCUCCUGCAAAUAGAUCUGUUUGAAAACCCCUGGGACUGCUCCUGUGACAUGGUAGGGAUGAAGAUAUGGCUGGAGCAGCUGAAUGCAGGAACUGUGGUUAACGAAGUUGUGUGUGAGACACCCAGAGUCCUCACAGGAAAGGAGUUGCACUCGAUUCAAUCGGAGCAGCUCUGCCCGGAUGACUCCAACGCUUACACGCUGCCCACCAUUGCCACAGAUGAGCCCAUGGAUGAGCAGGUUGUCACCACAGCAGCUCCGCAGAAGUUCAACACCCCCAGCAGCACAGUUCCUCUCUCUGUCCUCAUCCUCAGCCUCCUGCUUGUUUUCAUCAUGUCUGUCUUCGUGGCUGCAGGGCUUUUUGUUGUUGUGAUGAAAAAGCGCAAAAAAUCACAGAGCGACCGUACUAGCACCAAUAACUCUGAUGUCAGCUCUUUUAACUUGCAGUACAGUCUUUACAACAACCGUUCUGGACCCAAAGUUAAGGCUCCAGCCGGUCAUGUCUAUGAGUACAUUCCACAUCCCAUGGGCCACAUGUGUAAAAACCCCAUAUAUCGGUCACGGGAGGGCAACACUGUGGAGGAUUACCGUGACCUCCAUGAGCUGAAGGUCACUUACAGGAAUACCCCAGAUGAGGAGAGGGAGGGCAGUGUGAUGAGGAGCCCUGCCUACAGUGUGAGCACCAUCGAGCCAAGGGAAAACCCCUCCCCUGUCCAGGACGCAGACCAUUUCUUCAGGGGGAUCCUGGAGCCGGAUAAGCAGUCCCCCCAUCAGCCCAUUCCAUCCAUCCCAGCAGGGGCCAAUUUAGAGUACAAGUACACAGGGCCGGUGUCGUACACAUACAACCCUAAUUUUGAUGUCAGACGUCAGUUUUUGCACCCGGAGAGGAUAAGAGAAACAGUCCUGUACGGCACCGCACCGAGUACUGUUUAUGUUGAGCCUAACAGGAACGAGUACUUGGAGCUAAAAGCUAAACUGCAGUCUGAGCCUGAUUACCUCGAAGUUCUUGAGAAACAGACCACCUUUAGCCAGUUCUGAGCAACAAAAACCUGAGUUCAUGUCAAACAAAUGCAUUUUUCUCCUUCGUCCCUCUGUGAAACACAACAGUUUAUCCGGUGCCUUGGCACAAGACAAACAAGCUAACACGGGGGAAAGAUGUGGAAAUUGAAAAAAAUAAAAUAAAAAAUUGGGGUGUGCCGAACAAUUUUAUUCUUAUUUCUGAAACAUGACAUCACUGGAACGGAUACAGCUUUCUGAGACAUGGAGGAACAUUAUGGCUCUGCUUAACUGAUAAUGCAAAAUCUAUUUUUCUAUGAUGAAAAGCAAAUACCACACAAAAUGUACCUGUACAGGUAACUUCAUUUUCAGGAAUAUAACCAUGCAUAAGGUAUAUUGUGAAUCAGAAAAGAAAUGUUUAUUAAAUCUCUCCUGGACACAAAAACACUGUACAGCAGAU